AGCUGUAUGACACAUGCAUUUCAAAUGUUCCAUCUAUCAAACUCUGUUGUCACUGAGACAGAAGUAACACUUCACUGCCAAGUAUCAUUCAAGAGCCUAAAAGAUGGAUGUAACUCUACAAAGGCAUUACGCCAAGUUCAUCUAUGUGGUACCAGAUGGCUUGAGAGAAUUAAUCAGUGACAUAUCAAGGGAGGUAUUAAGAAGUCAACCUGAUGAUUUGUACACCUUCAUUGCUGACUACUUAGAUGCUCUGAUGAUCACGAGAGAAAAUGCCAGAGUUGCUUCCAGACUUGUUGUGGAUAUUCUGCGUAUCAGUGAAACUACAGCCGAAUUGCUUCUAAAAACUGGCUUGAAGAGGAGUGAAGCCAAUAGAGCUGCCGUUGUUAUACAGAAAAAGUUCAAGAAAUUCAUCGAGGCUAAGCAUCCCUCUAGACAUGAACGGCCAAAAGAGCCAGAAAUGAUAGUCACGGAAAUACUGGAAGAAGUAGACCUCUCCAGAGAAGAUGCAGAAGGUGCUGUAAUGAUCAUCCAGAAGGCAUUCAGGAGCUUUUUGCAGAGACGUGAACGAGAAAUGGAGCUGCUCAGUGGCAUGAUAGACUGGAGGGUAGCUGCAAGAAGCGCAAUCGCCCUGUAUAGGAAGACUGGAGCCACGUACCAAGAAUGUCACAGGGCUGCUACCCUCAUCAAGAGUGCUUAUAGAGGCUACUAUCAGAGGAAAGUGAUGACUAAGCUUGUUGAGGAAGUCAAAACUGGCGACUCAGUUGAGUGCCUUUGCGAUAUGUACUCAAUAGACGUUCCUGCCAUAGAACCUGUACGUCCAACCAGCGAGGAAUGCAUUUGUUCUAUAGAAAGCGAUGCAGUGCUAGCUGGUCAACUACAAGAUGAAGGAUGUCUUUGCGAAUACACAUCUUCCGAGCUCAUCAAAAUAGGAAAAGGAGAAAAAAUUCUCGACGAAGCUGGUUUCGUUCCAUUGGUUGAUGAGGAAGACUUGAAAGAAGACGAUGGGUAUUGUUAUUGCGAAAAUAAUCCUGUAGAAGUAAUCGAAAAAAUCGAUAUGUCUGAACCUAUUGAGGAAAAUAUAGAAGUUAAACAAGUUGCACUUCUUUAUGAUGAAGGAGAAGGAGAACCAAAGGAUGAAUUUAAUUGAUGAUAUGAUGAAAUCAGGCUCAAUUUCCAUGGAGGAAAAUUUCAAUUACUCUACAGCAUUCAAUAAGAUCUUAAGGAAAUGUUGAAAAUCGAAAGUUUGUAAUAAACUUCUCAA